CUCACCAGAGAAUAUAUAUGAACAUUCACUUGUGCCCGCCGUCUUGAUGAAUCUUGUCCAUCCACAUAGUACGCAGUCACAGUCGAAAUUGCACUUCGAUUUUACCCCUCAAAUAGCCCCACCUUAUACCACCCUUCACCACCCCUCACCACCCAACAUCCUUCUUACAAAAUACUUUAAUAACAGUACCUAGGUAGUAACACAACUUUUCAAUGACAAUAACAAAGAAACAAGCAUAUACCGAAAUCAUAUCAUGACUGAACCAUCAAAUAAUACAGCUAAACCAUCAGCUUGGUCCAAGACCAAGCUUGGCGGCAAAGCGGCUUUUGAUAAAGGAUGGGCUGCGUUUGAGAAAUUGGGAGGACCAGUUAACAAGUUCACGAAUAAGAUUGGAUCCGAGGCCUUCUGGCCAACAGGCAUGGAAAAAGAAUGCGAGAAGGCUGCCCGAAUCCUUAAAUCAUUCUGUAAGGAUGGAUUCAUGGCGGAGCAACAGAAAGAUGCAUCACAAGACUCAGAGACUAAGAAGAAAGUCCAAGAUGGACCUAGCAAGCCACCGAAAGUUCUUGUUAAGAUCCCUCAAAAGGUCAUCAAAAAUUGUGUCGGUCUCGCGAUUUACACCACCAUGCGCUCUGGAUUGUGGGUAUCGGGUGCGGGUGGAUCAGGCGUUUUGAUUGCCAAGAAUGAAAAUGGCCAAUGGUCACCACCUUCCGGAAUUCUCGUUCACACUCUAGGUGUAGGAUUUAUGGCCGGAAUUGAUAUCUAUGACUGUGUCAUUGUUAUCAAUGACCGCAAGGCUCUCGAAGCAUUCAGUAAAUUACGUGUCUCUCUCGGUGGCGAAAUAUCCGUCGUGGCUGGCCCUGUUGGAAGUGGUGCCAUUUUGGAAAGUGAGCUAUUGAAAAGUAGGAAGCCGUUGUUCUCCUACAUGAAGAGCAGAGGUCUAUAUGCAGGAGCACAAGUUGAUGGAACCAUAAUCAUCGAGCGCAACGAUGAAAAUGCAAGAUACUAUGGGGAAAAGCUGCCGGUAGCACAGAUUUUACAAGGAAAUGUUCCAUCCCUUCCGCCAACCGCCGAGUUAUUGAUGGAGGUUAUAAAGGAUGCAGAAGGAAGACCAAACUUAAACCAGUCAGUCUUGCAGCAAGUUUACGAUAAACCAGCACCGGCGGAUGUCGAGAUUGUAAAUUCAGGAGAGGCUAGUGAGGACGAGAAGAAAAAGUUCGGAAACCCGAACACGGCCGAGGGCUAUGCUAUGCAGCAACAACUACACGGAUAUCAACAGCAGCAGUACCCAGGAUAUACUCAGGGUAAUGAUUCUUACUAUCCCCCACCUCCUCCAGGACCACCACCUCAACAAGAUCAUACUCAAAAUCCUCCAGCUUACUCCCAAAAUCCGUCAGACUUUCCACCGCAGCAAGCAAGCGGUGCAACUGAACACGGCUAUUAUGCACCCGAGAAACCACCUCGUCCAACCUGAAGAAGUAGAUGCUUGGAUGAAGAUGAAUUAAUAAUUCUAUGAUAGUUUCUCUUUAAUGUAAGACCUGAUCAUAAGUUGAUCCGCAGUUAUCCCUCAAUGCAUUGAGGAUCCAUGAUUUGUAGUAAGAUAUUUGUGAGAUUCUGUUGUCAUACACGAUUGUAGUUGCACUUUGAAACACAGACAUCCAACCAAUUUCGUAAUUAAAUCAACCUCAAGUUGUACACAACUCUUCAGAGCACGUGUGUGAACGCCCAAUCGUCAUUGUGUGGCACGUC